CACUUUGGAGGCUGCGGGCGCAGUGCGGGGUCUAAGCAGCUCAGCCCCUCGCUCUCGGACCCAGUCCAGGGCCGACGACUCAGACUCAGCUUCACCAUGGAGGAAGCGGACCGAAUUCUCAUCCAUUCCCUGCGCCAGGCCGGCACGGCAGUUCCUCCAGAUGUGCAGACCCUUCGAGCCUUCACCACUGAGCUGGUUGUAGAGGCUGUGGUCCGCUGUCUGCGCGUGAUCAACCCUGCCGUGGGCUCUGGCCUCAGCCCCCUGCUGCCUCUCGCCAUGUCUGCCCGGUUCCGCCUGGCUAUGAGCCUGGCCCAGGCCUGCAUGGACCUGGGCUAUCCCUUGGAGCUUGGCUACCAGAACUUCCUAUACCCCAGUGAGCCUGACCUCCGGGACCUGCUUCUCUUCUUGGCUGAGCGUCUGCCCACUGAUGCCUCUGAGGAUGCAGAUCAGCCUGCAGGUGAUUCAGCUAUUCUCCUUCGAGCCAUUGGGAGCCAAAUCAGGGACCAGCUGGCUCUAACUUGGGUCCCACCUCUCCUUCGCACUUCCAAGCUGCAGCACAUCCAGGGCUCAGCCCCCCAGAAGCCUUUCCAUGCCAGUAGGCUGGUCAUGCCUGAGUUGAGUUCCAGAGGAGAGUCACGGGAGUUCCAGGGGAGUCCCCUGCUGCCACCAGCUCCCACCCAGGUGCCCCAGCCUACUGGGAGGGUGGCCUCGCUCCUAGAACACCAUGCCAUCCAGCUCUGCCAGCAGACAGUCCGGGACCACUCAGGGGAUGAGGACUGGCUACGCCGGUCCCGCCUCCCACCCCAGGAGGAUAAACGGGCACAGCAGCAGCGGCUGCAGAAACAUCUGGCUGAACACCUGCGCCAGAGCUGGGGUUCACUUAGGGUCCCUCCACAAGCCCAAGACCUGGGAGAGCUGCUGCAGGCUUGGGGUGCUGGGGCCAGGAAUGGUGUCCCUAAGGGCACCCACUUCACACAUUCAGAGAAGUUCGCCUUCCAUCUGGAACCCAAGGCCCAGGCAGCCCAGGCAUCUGAUGUGCUGCCCAGCUCCCGGCGGCCUGAACAGGACACAUGGGCAGCUCAAGAACAGGAGCUAGAGUCCCUUUGGGAGCAGUUGGACAGAAUGAACCACAACAUUGAAGAGGUUGAAGCCAACAUGAAGAUGCUGGGAAUCAGCCUUGUGCAGGUUGAGACCGAGUGUCGGCAGAGUGAGCUCAGCACAGCGGAUCAAGAGCAGGCCCUGCACCUGAAGAGCCAGGCGGUGGAGUUGCUGCCCAAUGGGGCUGCCAACCUUGCCAAGCUGCAGCUUGUGGUAGAGAGUAGUGCCCAGCGGGUCAUCCACUUGGCGGGUCAGUGGGAAAAGCACCGAGUUCCACUCCUUGCUGAGUACCGCCACCUACGGAAGCUUCAGGAUCGCAAAGAGUUGGAAUCAUCUCGAAGGCUGGCAGAGAUCCAGGAGCUGCACCAGAGUGUUCGGGCAGCUGCUGAAGAGGCCCGAAGGAAGGAGGAAGUCUAUAAGCAGCUGGUGUCAGAGCUGGAGACUCUGCCCAGAGAUGUGUCCCGGCUGGCCUAUACCCAGCGUAUCCUGGAGAUUGUGGGCAAUAUCCGGAAGCAGAAGGAAGAGAUCACUAAGAUCCUGUCUGACACGAAGGAGCUUCAGAAGGAAAUCAACUCCCUGUCUGGGAAACUGGACCGGACAUUUGCGGUGACUGAUGAGCUCGUGUUCAAGGAUGCCAAGAAGGAUGAUGCCAUUCGGAAGGCGUACAAGUAUCUAGCUGCCCUGCACGAGAACUGCAGCCAGCUUAUCCAGACCAUCGAGGACACAGGCACUAUCAUGCGGGAAGUUCGAGACCUUGAGGAGCAGAUGGAGACAGAAAUGGGCAAGAAGACCCUCAGCAACCUGGAGAAGAUCCGCGAGGACUACCGAGCCCUACGUCAGGAGAACGCUGGCCUCCUAGGGCGGGUUCGUGAGGCCUGAGGAGUCCUUAGCAAGUCCUCCAAGCCUUAGAUGGGGUGUUGGAGGUGGUGGCCAGUACUUGCCCUAGCUAUUCUCUCUUUUUGCCGUCCAGUUCCUCCUGCUGUAGCCUUGGACCCAGACCCCUACCUACCCCCUGCCCACCUGACCCCAAUCCUUAUCUGGGGUGAUUGUCCAGAGUAUGGGAGCCAGGCUAUAGUUUAUUGGGUGAGAGGACUGGGGCCUUGGAUCCCAAAUAAAUGAG